GGGGACAAGAAGACAACAAUGUUAAGUAUCUCAAGGCCAAGCUGGGCUACAGGAAGAUAAAAACCCAGGUUCCCAGGCCUUGACAAACGAUACGUUGCGCAGCAUCCUCAUCUCGUCACUCCUAUCUCCAGCCUCCGACCAGACGGACAGAACCAACAGCAAGCGCCCUCUUUUGCUGAACUCGAACCAAGCUCGUCACCAUGUCCUUUGCGUUCACCGUCUCGAUAAUGCUUCUGGGCUCUUCGGCCGUGGUUGCGUUUGUCUUGCAGCCAUCCAAUGAAGAACCUGCAACCUCUGCCAUCAGUUGCCAUGGCGAGUCAUUGGAGUCCAUCAGGAAGAGUCUCCUCAGGGCUCUCAACCUGGAGGCCGAACCUCGGCUUCCUGCUGGCGGGCUGCACGCUAUCAGAGAGCAAUGGCAGCGCACCACUUCUCACAGAGCCAAAGUUGCUGCAGCUGCAGCAGCCCCUGACUCACGUGAUGGAGAAAACCGUCUGAGGUGCUGCUCCGUGGCCUCUGAGAUCUUCAUGAAAGAUCUGGGCUGGGACAAUUGGGUGAUCCAUCCCUCCAGCCUCACCAUUGUUCACUGUGCACUCUGCAACCCUGAGAUGAACAACGUGCAAUGUCCAUCAUCCCACACCAAUGGCCAGGAGGCCAACUCACAGGUCCAGGUGCCAUGUUGUCAGCCCAGCUCCCAGGAAUUGGUGCCCAUCGUCUACGUGGACGAGUCCAACACUGUCGUCAUUUCCUCCGUUCAGCUGACCCGCAGCUGCAGCUGUGGACCUGGAGCCAACAGAGAGUAAAGUUGGUUUCCUCCGACAUCUGUUAUCCACUUUGAACGUAAACAAAGAAUACAAACAUUUAGAUGUAGAUUAGACCUCUAGGUGCAGACCUAACACUUAUGUUGCUUUUUCAACUCUGAGCGUGGGAAACUCAGUUUUGCAUUCCUAUUUCUCUGCUCUAGCCAGAAAAAAGAGAUACAAGGGGGUAGCACAAAUUUGUCGAGUCACUCGACCACAAAACUGAUUCAUAAUUAUAUGCUCUUUUAAAAGCUGUGGUGAGAGAAGCGGAUCACUGAGCUCGAUCACACAUGACUGUUCUCAAAUUACAAUCUAUUUCAUGUGAUACUGUUUUUAAUAAAGAGUUACCAGUUCGAUUUUUCAGGUUAAUAAAAAAGAGAAUUUCUGCAGAUGAAUCCAAGUAUUUCUCUUGCAACAAGUUAGAAACAGUGAUGUGAAAUGCAGCUGCUACCAGUUUAUCUUUUAAACAGGUCAUGAGUCCACAGCGUUAUU